AGCGGGGCGGCUCGGCCGAACCUAGGGACGGAAAAUCUUUUUUUGACAUGCUCCAGUCCGAGCGUGAAAUUGCGUCAGGGAUUUGGAGCGGGCGUGUGAGCGAGUGAUGUGGACACGGCGAUAAUUGCCGCCGAGUGGAUGGGCUCGCGGCUUAAUUUCAGCCCGUUUCAGCCCCCUCGAGCUCUUAGGGAUGGAACGACGUAAUUUCGUAAUAGAACUCACAACAGAGCCGCUUUCGCCGACGACUGCAGGGAUGAACCAAACGCACGAGGAGUACCCGAUCAUGGAGAUGACCCUGAGCCCCAUGCUGGACGCUGGCGGAAUAUCUCCGGUCCAGCUCGCUUACGACUGGAGCAGAGUGUGGCGACUCCUCAUCAUGUUGGCCCUCUGCGUCAUCGGAAGCAUAGGCAACGUCUACAUGAUCAGCUCGGUCAUGAUUGAAGACCACCUCAAGAAAAAAGGCAACACAUUCAUCGCGAACGUAGCGCUGGCGGACUUUCUGAUCAGCGGGUUCGUGAUCCCUCUGUCGGUGGUUGUGCUCCUGGCCGGGAUGGAGGACCCCCCGCAGGUGUGCCAGUUCCAGUGGUUCGUGGCCAUCCUCUGCUUCGUCGUCACCGUCCUCUCCUUCACGCUCACCGCCGCCGAGAACUACACCCGACUCUGCCUCUCGGCCGAGGUCUACUCCGUCAUCACUUCCCGCCGGGUCACGGUGACCGUCAUCCUCGUCUGGAUCAUCAGCGCGCUCCUCGCCUUCCUACAGCAGUACUACCGCCUCGGACCCGACUACUGUGCUAAGAAGGUGCUGCCGGGUAUCAUCCCCUACCAGGCGGUGAUUGCGGGGAUGUUCCUGUUGGUGCCGGUGCUGAUCACGAUCGUGCUGUACCUGCGGAUCGCGUACCAGGUGAAGCUGGCGCGGACGAAUCCCGACUUCAAGCCCUCGAUCGCGUUCACGUGGGACUACUCCCUGAUGCAGGCCAACAUGUACUCCUUCCUCAUGUUCCUCAUCUUCUGGUCGCCGUUCGUCGUCACGGUGGCCGUCACCUCGGUGCGCAACGUCUCCGCCUACCUCUUCUACAACCUCGCCUGGUUCGCCCUCUCCAAGUCCUGCUUCAACAACCUCCUCUACUGCGUCGCCAACCGCCACUUCCGCAACGCCUACAUCAACCUCUUCCACUACUGCUGCUGCAAGACCACAGUGACUUUCAGCAGACGGACGCGGACAGACGCUUCUCGGCCGUCGGGCGACGUGAGGGUGCACAUCAUCCCGGGCUACAACAUGUACUCGUACACGAGUCCGCAACGAGGCCGAGACAUGUUCAAGCCCAUGGACAAACGCUCCCGCCCGGCUUGCAAUCGACUCACCCAGAAGGACAUCUACGAGCUGUAAAUCUACCCCCGCAGCAUUAAUGUAUGAGUCGUCUCCAAGACUGCUCUGCUUGUGGCGCACCCACGCAUACAGCGCUCCCCGCGACAGCGAUCGUAACUCACUGGGGAAAAAACACAUUGGAUCUAGAGUUUAGACUCUUAAAAACAUC